AUGCACGUGCCGGCUCGUGUUUAUUUAACCGUGCGGCAGCGAGUCCAAGCCUGCCAGGGUUUCAGUGACGUGGUAGCAGACAGCACAACAGACUCCGCCCUCAGCAGUGCCAGCCAAUCACAAAGCAGCCAACCCUCGUCUCUGACCUCCACAGCCAAUCAGCCUAAGGACACUGGUCCCAGUUUGCUGGGCUCCCUGAGUUUGUCGUCCAGCUCCCCGUCUCCGGCCUCUUACAGCGAGGCCAAAGCGGCGAGCGGGGGCGGCCUGCUGAACGGGCCGCUGUCCUACCCGCAGUCAUCCGACGGCAUCAAACCCCAGGAGCCUCUGAGCAGCCUGAAGUCCAUGGCCGAGCGGGCGGCCCUCAGCUCAGGGAUUGAGGGGGACGUGCCCUCCCUGCACCUUACCCCAGACAUCUUCCCCAGCAGCACUACGGCCCCGUCGGGCCCCCCGUCAGCUCCUCAGCCCUCGCUGUCGGAGGUCAGCAUCCCGCCGUCGCUGGGCGUCUGUCCGCUGGGGCCCGUCCCCCUGUCCAAAGACCAGCUCUACCAACAGGCCAUGCAGGAGGCGGCGUGGACGCACAUGCCCCACCCCUCCGACUCCGAAAGAAUCAGGCAGUACCUGAUGAGGAACCCCUGCCCCACCCUGCCUUUUCACCACCAGGUGCCACCGCCCCACUCCGACACUGUAGAGUUUUACCAGAGGCUUUCCACAGAAACCCUCUUCUUCAUCUUUUACUACCUGGAGGGCACCAAGGCCCAGUAUCUGGCAGCCAAAGCCCUGAAGAAGCAGUCGUGGAGGUUCCACACAAAGUACAUGAUGUGGUUUCAGAGGCACGAGGAGCCCAAGACCAUCACCGACGAGUUUGAGCAGGGAACCUACAUCUACUUCGACUACGAGAAGUGGGGCCAGCGGAAAAAGGAGGGCUUCACUUUCGAGUACCGGUACUUAGAGGACCGCGACCUCCAGGCCCCCCGGCCUCGCCACGCCACGCUCGCCCUGCCACCUCCCUCCUCCUCCUCUUCCUCCUCCGCCUCCUCCUCCUCCUCUCCUUCCUCUCCAUCCUCCACGUCCUACCGGACUCAACCCCACAAACACCCGGACUCUGUUCUGUUGGCUUUAAAAACCCGUUUGAGCCCCUCGAGGACCAAAGAGAAUUGGUUGGUCACACGUUUCACAAACCCGACGGAGGCCACACCGGAGCGGCGUGCAGCAGGGCAGGAGGCGGAUCCGGAAUGUGAAUUUAGCUCUUAUUCAGCUCCCGCGCGAGCGAGGAGGCGCAAACCCACUCAGGAUGAACCAAAGCGAGCGUCCACUCUUCGACACCAGCCACCCGAGCGCACUCAGUUUAUCCCAGUGGGGCGAGAGGGGGAACCCGGAGGGGACCGGGCAGCCGCUUCUGUUUGGGAGCGGAGGCCAAACGGCGCCAGCACGCCAUCCCCGCCGCCCACCAGCCCGGCGCCGCCCACAGAGGUCUGCCGAAGCCAAACCCAAAAGCCAUAG